AUGGCGGAGAGCUCGAAAACACCGAAAGCGACGCGAAGAGGAGGGCGAUAUUGCGCCGCUGGAACCCCAAACCAGCGAAGUUGUAAAAAUACGACAUUUACGCCUGGAAUACGUAUGCACGAGUUUCCAUCUGAUCCGUCUGUAAGAGCUCAAUGGGUGCAAUUUGUGCGUCGCCAUAGGCAUGAUUAUAAAGACCCGACCUCGAAGUAUGCUUCGUUAUGUUCUGCACAUUUUGACGAAUCUUGCUAUGAAAGGAAGAUGUCAGUUGUCAGAUCUGUGAAGAAAGAGUAUAAACUUGAAAUGAGAGUCUUUUUAAAAGCGACUGCCGUGCCAACGAGGGAUUCUGUUACCCCUCAAUCACCUGAAAAGAUCAGCCAGCGAGAAAAGAGGAAGGUAAGAAUUUCAUAUGUUUACACGCUUAUUUCCAGCGAUCUGUGCUACAGUAGUAGUCCCACAUAUUUUUUCUUUGUCAGGAAUACCAGCUACCGUUUACUUGUCUUCAUAACUAUUUAAAGAUAUGUACGAUUUGCUUAGUUUUCACCACUUCGUGACUUUCAAGAGAGUCUAAAAAUGACCUUGAUGUGUGAUGUGACGUCAGUAAACAAGACGGCCGCAUUCUUUUUAGGUUUCUUCCGACAAAGUGAGAAGAAUAAAAACCCUUAGUUUUGGUCGUCGUUGACAAUAAUUCGACGCCAAUAGGUAAACUAUAUUAGUCCAGUUAAACAGUCAAAAGGGUUUCCUUUUUUAUCCUAGAAAAAGAAUUGCUGUUUUCUUUACAGACAUAUCAGAUUUUAUUAAUAGUUAGCUUAUAUAUAAUGUUUUUCGGAAGUGGCAUUGUAAUAAUAUCAUCAAUAAGUUUUACCUGUUUUUUGUUUCUUGUUUUAGUUAACACGUGAAGUUAUGGCUAAAGUGAAUGUGCCUCCUAAAAAGAAAAAGAAAAAGCCUUCCUCAUCCACUGCCCCUGCCACUUUGGAACCAGCUUCUGAUGGUACAACAUCUUUAGACCAAGGUGCAGAAUCAGAAGCUGUUUCCAAAGACAUGCAAAUGCCUACUGCUUUGCCUGGACCAUCAACUUCUGGUGAGGACGUUAUAAACGUCCCAUCAACCUCAGCCUCUGUUACGGUGCCUACAAUUCAGGAGCCUGAGGAGCCUGCUUCAGACAACUCGGCAGCAUAUGGUACAACCUCAUCCUCUAUGCAUACUGGUACAACAAGCUGUAAAGGAUGCAAGCACAAAGCAGAGUACCAAAAAGCAAUGCGCGCGAAGAAACGGCUGAAGAGCAAAGUGAAAGGUCUAAAAAAGGAGGUCUGUUCUUUGAAGGCCACCAUUGCUGAACUUCAGAGUGUAAGUUUUACUCAGGUUACUACCAUAUUUUAUUUUUUUCAAUAACUUGAAGUAAUGCUCUAAAAGAAUAAUAUAACCUUUUCUUGGUUUUGAUUUAGUGUGUGGCUGAAAACGAAACAGAGGAAGAAGAAGGAGAAUCUGCACAGCCAAGUAGUGAGAGUACUUCACAUGGCCAAAAUUAUUUUUCAUGGUCAAGCACUGGAGAGGAAGAGGAGGAUGGUGCUGUGGAAGGUAAUGACCAAGAGUGGGGCCCAACAGGAGCGAGUUCAGAGGAAGAGCAAACCACAGAAGAUGAGGAAGAAAUACCAGAAUCAAAUGCAAAUGAUAUAAAGUAAGAAUUAAUGUCUGUAGCCCAUUGUUUAGGUGUCGUUGGAAAAGCCACUCUUGGGGUUACCUUCUUGUGAUAAGUUCCUUCCUGCUUUCAUCUGAAAAUCAGGGUGUUUCUUUUUGUCUUUGUUGUAGUAUUUCUCUUGGCUUAAGUUCUUCAAGAAUUAAUUUAUGUUUUCAUCGUUCAAGAUGUAAAAUUAACGUGUCAUGCUUUGGAUCGACUACCUAUUGAAACUUUCAAACUUGUGAGCCAUGAAUCAUUGAAAAGGUCUCUUUUCUUUGUUUCAGUACUGUACAAUAAUUGUAUAUAUAUAUUAUUCUUUUCUUUUCAGGGCAGAUGCAGACUCUUCUGACUACCAUUACAACCAGCCAAAAUUUAUUGUUUUUUAUGAAAUGCUUUUGAAAAUUUUUUUAUUUUGCUUCAACUGCAAAGAAAAUAAUCCUCAAGUGUCUAUGGUUCAAAAUGGCACAAUGGUGACUGUUAGGCAGAAGUGUGCCAAAUGCAUUAAGGGAUAUGUGUGGACCUCUCAAAGGAUGAUGCCUCAUGGAAAAUAUCCAGCUGGUAAUGUCCUAUUGAGUCUUGCUGUUUUGAUGGCUGGUGCCUCUAUCAGCAAGAUUCUCCUUGUGUUUCGUCACAUGGGACUGGUUUGUUACUCUGCAAGAACAUUUUUUAAGCACCAAAGAUCGUUCCUAUUUCCAGCUGUUAUUCACCAUUGGGAGUCCUACCAGACUGACCUUCUCAAUAAGGUUAAGGACCUGAAGGAUGUAGUUUGGGCUGGGGAUGGCCGGUAUGACUCCAUGGGGCACUCAGCGAAGUAUGGUGCAUACACAUUGCUAUGUACAACCAUCAUGAAAAUUGUACACUUUGAGCUUGUUCAGGUAUGAAGGUUUUAUAAGUGCAGCCCUUCCAUAUAAAAGACAUGACAUGAAAGCCACCAUUUAUUAAAACCAAGAGAGAGUGCAGUUAAACAAAAUAAGGUGUUACUCAACCUUGAAAAAUUGUAUUCAGUUCUAGUGAUAUAGAACCCUUACAACACAUCUUCUUGUCAUCCAAUGAAAAUUUUCAGUAAAAUUACCCAUUUACUUUGUUAUGUGAACUGAACUUUUUUUUUUUACCUUACUGUUGUAAAAAUAUAGUUUCAAGCAUCUAUUAAGAACAAGAUGUCUUGGACCCGCCAAUUAUUGAAGAUUUAUUACAUCUCUUUCUCAAAAAAUUUCUUACAGGCAAAUGAGACUGGUGGCAGCUACCAAACAGAGCUUGAAGGAGUAAAACGGUGCUUUGGCUUUCUGCAGCGGCUUGGUGUUAAAAUUGGGGUGUUUAUCUCUGACCGUCAUAGAGGGUAUAGCCAAAUGGAUUAG